UUGCCCCUUGUGGUUGUGUGGUUGUGUUGUUGUUUUAUAGAACGCUACCUCGCCUAUCUCUGUGCUCUGUGCAUUUACUCCAGUCGAACAGCCAAUUUGAUCCAAUUACUUAUAAAAAUUUACUACCAUACUGUUCAAAACUUCUUGCUUCGUUUCUCUGUCCUCUGCAGAUAUUACAUCACAUAGAUAUUCAAGAUGCUGAGGAUAAUUUGUACAGCUCGUAUUUUCCAAGCGCAUUAUUUAAACAGGUGCUCACGAUUUACUCAAAGUCACGCCAAUGCUGCAAGAAAAUACGCCGAUGAUGAUGAUAAAAAGCUUCCAGAAAAACAAAGUGAUUUGGAAAAUAAAAUCAUAUAUAAAGGUAAUUUCAAACGGAGACCAGAAACGCUAGAAAUACCAGCAGCAGUAGAGUUUGAUUCGCAGGAACGGAACGAUAGAAAAUUUAAUAAAUUUAAAGGAAACUUUAAAAGAGAUCAAUAUUUGAAGCACGAAGAUUUUGCGCAAAAACAUGAUAGGAUGAAUAAAGAAAACAAUUUCUUUGAGGAUGACAGAAAAUAUUCUAAGCGCCAAAAUUACUCUAGGCAAAGAGAUGAAGAUGACGAUUUUGAUGGAGGAUACGAGGGAGAUUGUGACAUUCAUGACCCUAGACAAGUUUCUUACAUGCGUUGGCUUGAAAAUAUUAGAAAGUUCAAGGAAACGCAAAGGACUCCAAAUUUUCUCAAGUGGGAAACAAAAGAAAAAAUCCGAAGUCUUCACAAUGAAAACCCUGAAGAAUGGAAUCUAGAAAAAUUAGCUUCCAACUACCCAAUCUCUACAGCUUCUUUAAAACAAUUAUUGAAAAAUAAAUGGACUCCUAGAAGCAUAAAUCUUCACGAUGAGGUAGCCGAGAAAAACUGGAAUUCCUUUAGAGAGGGAAAGAUUGCUGUUGCUGACAAAUUCUUGCGAGCUCAUUUGAUGAGCUUUAUAGCUCCUCAAGACAGAAUCAAAUUGAAUGAAAUGUUUGAAGAACAGGAAGCUGUGAAUCAAGACCUCAAAGCACCUCUUUCAUGGGAAAAGCCACAGCAGGAAGAAAAACCACGCAAAGUGUUGCAAAUCCACAGAGAUGGAUUGGGACAGAGUUUAACAAAUAUGCCAAAAACAGAUGAAGAAGUGCAUUCUUACGAGGAAACAAUCGUGAUCCCUAAACACAAAUUCAAAGAAGGAGCAACUUACAGGGUGAAAGAUUGCUAUUAUCACUCAGAUGGGACUUUUUUGUAUCGCGUGCCAGGAAUGGAUCAAGCUAAUAGCUAACAGAAUGAAUAAUUAUUUCUGUUUAUUGUUUGAAAUGUCUUGCUUCAGAAUAAAUUGAAUUGAUGGAAGCAUAA